AUGGGAAAUUUAAUAUUUAAACUAACAAAUUGUAAAAUUGGUAAAAAAAUAUUAAUGAUUGGAAUUGAUGAUAGUGGUAAAACUACAAUGUUAUAUAAAAUGAAAACUAAUAAAAUUCAAAAAACCAUACCAACAAUUGGGUUUAAUUAUGAAGAUAUUGAAUUAAAUGGUGCAACUUUUACUAUAUUCGAUGUUAAAGGUGGUUGUUCAAUAAAUAAUAAUUUAUGGAAAUAUUAUUAUAAAGAAAUAUCGGCAAUAAUAUUUGUAGUUAAUUGUUUAGAUAGAGAAAAAAUUGAUGAAGUUAAAUUUGAAAUUUUAAAACUAUUAAAUGAUCAAAUUGAUUUAAAACAAAUUCCAAUUUUAAUUUAUUUAAAUAAGUAUGAUAAAGAAUUUUUGUUUAAGGAAGAUCAAAGACACACUUAUUAUGAACUUAAUCGUGAUAAUCCUAUAACAAUUUCAGAAUUGGAAAUACUAUUAGAAUUAUCAAAUGACGAUAAUAAAUACAAUAAAAAAUGGCAUAUUGAAUAUUCAAGUAGUGCAACAGGAUUAGGUAUAAAUAAAGGAAUUGAAUGGUUAAUUGAAAAUUGUUAUUAG